GGUUGCAUCUAAAGUAGGCAAGGCGGCUGUUGGACUUUAGUGUUUAUGUUUCAGUAAAAUAACUCAAUAAAUCGAAUAGUACUGACGUUAUCUGGGUAGCUGUCUGAAAUGGAUCUAGAAGGUGGCACGUAUGAACCGGGAUUUGUCGGUAUUCGUUUCUGUCAAGAAUGCAAUAACAUGUUGUAUCCAAAAGAGGACAAGGAGAAUCGCAUCCUAUUAUAUGCAUGCAGGAACUGUGAUUACCAGCAGGAGGCAGACAAUAGCUGCAUUUACGUCAACAAGAUCACCCACGAGGUUGAUGAGUUGACGCAGAUCAUUGCAGAUGUAUCCCAGGAUCCAACAUUACCCCGGACAGAGGAUCACCCAUGUCCCAAAUGUGGCCACAAGGAGGCAGUGUUCUUCCAGUCACACAGCAUGAAGGCAGAGGAUGCCAUGCGGCUGUACUACGUGUGCACGGCCCCCCACUGUGGACAUCGCUGGACAGAAUGAAAAAGGGAAGAGGAAGUUCCACUGCUACUGCCACACUGGGCAUUUCGAUUGCUCGUCCUGCUGACAUUAGUGACCUAACAGGACUUUUGUCACGCCAUUCAAAAAUAGUGUGAGAACUGUUGUAAGAACUGUUGCGCCUGAAUCAGGUGUUUGUGCAGAACUGUUGAUUCCAGCUUGUAUCAGGGUGGAUUUUCUUUUAUUUACUAUCGCUGGAAAAUUCUCUAAUGUCAGCAGCAGCCCAGGCUUUCUCCAUAUUUGUUGUAGGUAUUUUUAGCCUUAUUGUUUUUUUUACAAACAGAAAUUAAAUCCAACUGGGAAAAAAAUGUGUUUUGCUCUCAUUUUUUUGAUCACUUUGAAUAUGCAAAUGUUAUGAAUAUGUUGAUUAGUUUGUGUUGAUGAUGUGCUUUAUGCUUAGGGUAUUAUGUUUCUCCCCAACAAUAUUGAUAUG